CUUCAACUUUGGUACAGUAAAGAAGUCUUCUACUGUGUUUUCUUUCUCAGAUCGUUCCUCCAAACUUUGCUUGGAAAAAAUGGAAAAUGAAGAUACCAAGAAGCUAAAGAAAGGGAAAGCAAGACUUCCUCCAAAGAGAGGUCAGAUCAAAGCUAAGAUAUUCCGCGACACGGUGAAAAUAUUGAUGAAUGCCUUAAGAAUGGGAAGAAAGAGAGAAGUUGGCCGCAAAUGA